CAAUAAUGGUGUCGAGACAUUUGUCACAAAUAUAAGGAAUUGAAACAGGAAUUUCUGAAAUUCAAAGAACAAAUAAUUACAAUGACUAAUCUAAAAUCAUUGAAAGGAUUCAGUCAAUCUUAUGGAAUAUAUUUAAAAGAAAGAAAUGAAAUACUUAAACAAAUAAAAUGCCUCAACUUUACAUUGAUUAUACAGAAGACCUUGAGUCUGCAAAAUGAAUCAACACCAACAUUAUCUCACAUUUUGAAGAUUGUAGAAUUUUCUCUGCCAAGAGCUUGCUCAUUUUCAAAGACUUUACAUUUUCUUUAGAAAGUAAAUAGGCUUGAGUGUAAUUUCUGAGAAAAAUGAUAAAGAGAUACAAGAUUAUUGAUGGUGUAUAAUAUAUGAAUCCAAAAAUUGCAGAAACUCUAUAUCUUUAUAAUCUUGAAAUAGGUCAAAGCCAGAUGAGAACCCUAUUUCAGCUCACAAAAGAUGAUAAAAAAUUUCGGCUUUCUUUGUUGUAGGGUUUAAUUCUACAUUGCUUCAAAUUUGCAAAGAUGCUUCACCGGUCCAAUGAUCCAAAGACUAAAUGUUCAUAUUAGGUAAACUCAGAAUACUGAGAUUGGGUAAAACAUCUUAAAAGGUUUGAUAACUUAAUCAAAGGAUUAUCACAAGUCGAUGGUUUAAAGAAUAGUCUGAAGAAUAUUUGCAUUCUUUGGUCAGAAAUAUCUUCUAAUAAGAUAAGUAAAUCUCUUGGUACCAAUGAGAUCACUCAAGUUAAAGUUUAAAUUGCUCUCAAUGAUUAUUGUUAAAAUUCUU